AAACCUUUUCGCAAAAUGUCAAACGGUCCAAAUUUAUAAUUAUGUUGCUUUAUAUUUCACAAUAGUUGUAAAAUUUAAUUAGUCACAGUUCCAGUUACUAUAUUCUUAUCAAUAUGUUAUUCCAAGCGUAACACCGUGACGUUACCAUUUAUUGCAUACGCUUAAUCCAGCACGAUUAUCGUAGCGCCGAGACUGUUUGAACAGUUGCUGAAAAUAUUAUUGUUAUCGUUAUUUACGUCAUAGUAAAUAAUUUGGCAGUGUUCCCUUGUUGUGUUACGUUUUUGUUGACUCACAAGCGCUUGAAUCGCCGAGCUAGUGACUGGGGACGGCUUCGACCUUGAACCUACAACAGCUGUUUUCACCAUGGAUUCGUUCUUCAGCCUGUUCGACCCGUCGGACGGUAACCAGAGCAAGACCAAGAGGAAACAGCUCAAACCAGACCAGGACAAUGUCAAGAAGAAACUUGACCCGCCCAAGGGCAGGCGAAGAGGCAGGAAGGCACAGGGCAAGAAUGAGACGCUGCCCGAGGAGUCUUCAUUCCUCUGCGAGCCCGAGCUGAGCGCGGAGCUCCUCAUGAAGGAGGGCAGCUACUUCGAGAGCUACAUCGAGCUCAAGAAGGAAGAUCCUAAAGGGGACGACAAGAAGCCGAAGCGACGCAACUCGGGCCGCAAGAAUCGCAGACGGAAAAAGGUGUCGCCAACCAAAGAGGAGCUGUCGUGGAACAGCACGACGUCCGCGCCGCCCGCGAGCGCCGACGCCGACAACGCCAACGACCCGGGCGACUACGGCGGCGGCGUGCACGGCGUCAUCGACAAGCUGGAGAAGGUGAUCCUGAAGGAUGACACGUACCUGGCGGGGGAGUUCAACGCGGAGGACCUCCACAACGAGGCGUGGUACAGCUCCGACGACUUCGACGAGAGCCUCGAUGACGACACUAAUUCGGAGUCCGAAGACAGCGGGAGCGAAGCGCACGGCAGCCUGCCCCCGGAGCCCCGCUUCGGCAACGUGGAGUACAAACUGCAGCUAGUGGCGCCCUGCGAGCGGCGCUUCCAGCAUCUAGUCACGCAGCUGGCGUGGCGCCUCCGUUCCGGUGGCGGCGCGGCGGUGUACCUGGUGGGCGUGCGCGACUGCGGCGCGCUGCGCGGGCUGCGCGCGCGCGCGCUGCGCGGCUCGCUGCACACGCUGCGCCGCAUGGCCGCCGCGCUGGGGGCCUCGCUGCACCACGUCACCGCCCGCCAAGUGCGCCAGCACCGGGCCGUCGCCGAGGUCUACAUCAGGAAGUUAGCGGAUACACAGCAAAGUGUGGAGCUGCGAGUAGCGGUGAUGGGCGCCAACGAGGCCGGCAAGUCUACAUUAAUAGGGGUCCUCACUCAAGGUGAACUCGACAACGGGCGGGGGAGCGCGCGUCUCAACAUGUUCCGCCAUCUACACGAAGUGAAAAGUGGCCGGACUUCGUCACUGAGCCACGAGAUACUGGGGUUCGAUGCUCAGGGCAACGUGGUAAACUACGGCUGCUCGGAACUAAUGACAGCAGAAAGGAUAGGCGAGCGCAGCGCCAAGCUGGUGUCGUUCCUCGACCUCGCCGGGCACAGCAAGUACCAGCGCACCACGCUACAUGGCCUGACCGGCUACUGCCCGCACUACGCCAUGCUCGUUAUCUCAGCGACGGCCGGCAUCACCCGCAUCACCGAGGAGCACAUAGGGCUGCUGCUGGCGCUCGCCCUGCCGUUCUUCUGCGUGGUCAGCAAGUGCGAGCUGGCGGCCGUGCAGCCCCUGCUGACGCGCCUGCAGGGCAUACUGGCCGCCGUCAACAAGAAACCACUCCUGAUUACUGAUGAGAACAUGGCCCGCAACUGCGUGGGGCCGCAGAAGCUGAUACUUGACACCAUCGACGGUAUUGACCACCCGGACGACAACGACGAUGAGCCGACGACGGAGCAGAUCCCGGUGUUCCCGGUGAGCUGCGUGAGGGGCGCGGGGCUGAACGCGCUGCACGCCUACCUGCUCGCGCUGCAGCCGCCCGCCACCGACCUGCCUCCCCCCGACCACGAGACGUGCGAAUUCCAAAUCGACGAGAUCUUCCACGUGGGCGACUCGCUGGGGCCCGUCGUGGGCGGGCUGCUGGCGCGCGGCACGCUGUACGAGGGGGACAACCUCAUCAUAGGCCCCCUGGACACGGGCGAGUUCGUGCCCAUCUCCGUGAAGAGCAUCUACCGGAACCGCGUGCCGUGCGGCCGCGUGCGCGCCGGGCAGUCGGCCUCGCUCGGCCUCGCGGGCCUCACGCCCGGCCUCCGCCCCGGCAUGGUGCUGCUCGCGGCCCCCGAGCCGAGGCAAGGCCAGAGGCCGACGUUCGGCGGGUGCCCGCCGGGGAAGUGUAAAAGGAGUAAAAAGGUCAACGAGAUCCUACAAAACCAGCCGAAACACAAGAAGCAUAAAAACCGCAACCUCUACCAAGAGCUCGCCAACGUCGAGCUGUCCCUCACGAAGGACGCGUCCUACACACAGGACAAUAUGUCCUAUACACAGGACAUGUACGUGUCCGACGAGGAGUGCACGUGCCGCGAUGAGGUGCUGCUCGAGGACCCCAGCGACCCCCGGGGCUGCAUGUACUUCCAGGCCACCAUACACGUGCUGCGGCACUCUACAGCCAUCUCGCCCGGGUUCCAGUGCACCGUGCACGUCGGGAACGUGCGCCAGACCGCCAUCAUCGAGGGCAUAAUGUCGCACGACGCGGCGCUCCGCUGCGGCGAGUCUGCGCCGGCGCUGUUCCGGUUCCUGCGCUGCCCGGAGCACCUCGUGCGCGGUCGGCGGCUGUUGCUGGCGGCCGGCGGCGGCACCAGGGCGAUCGGUCGCGUCACGCAGAUCUUCCCCUACGUACCGUGAACUACAUCUCUCCUUAUUCGGAUAUAAUCCAAGUGGUUAAUAAAUAUGACCAUUCAGUGAUGACACUUAAAUUAUAGUCCGUCAAACAACUUUGUCAGUAGAAAAAGGCGCGAAAUUCAUUAUAUGGAACGAUAACCAUUCGCGCCUACAUUUCUUAAAUUAAAUUAAAAAAAUAAUUAAAAUUAAAUUUUCUUAAAUUUUACCGCUCUUUUCUACUGACGGAAAUGGCUUGACAGACUGUAUCUCAGUUUUGUUACUAGCAUUGCUCGGAACCGGUUCUUUCUUCAUACAAAAAAUACCGAUAUUAUUACGUUCUUUUUCGUUCUUUGUUUUAUUAUUUCAUUUUUAAUGGAACAAUUUAAUAAUAGGUAGUUGUUACCUAAGUACAUGAUUCAUUCCUACGUAAAAAGCAUAAAAUAUUUUUUUUUCGGGUUUUGAAAAAAACCGGUUCCGAGCCUUGGUUACUAGUGAAAAUAUUAAAGUCCUGUGCACACCGGGUGCGUGCGCGUAUAUGUCCACGUGCGCGUUGUAAUAUACAGUUUAGUAUAAGAGACGGCACACCGCUUGCGUGUGCACGUCUGCGCACACGCAGCCGGUGUGCACUGGCCUAAAACCUUUUAAAAGGAAUCUUAGAGUAAACCACCCUAUUCCUAUUGGCCUAGACACGAACUAUGUGCUUAUACUACUACAACUAUAUUUAUAGGUAUUUAAAUAAAAGUUAACAAAUAAUUUGUACAUUUUCGGGUAGUUAUAACAUUUAUUGGUUAACCAACCAAAUACAAAACCGCCUGGAUCAGUCACUGAACGACCUGACUUUAACCUACAUUAUUUGAUCGUGUAAUGUUUUCAUCUACCCUCAAC